AUGAAGCUGUCACUUUCCCUGCACGUGGCAUAUGCUCUCAUCAUGAGUGAGAUUGUAGUUACUGCACCUCUUCCCGACGCGACGUCUCUUAGCAAAAGUGACCCAGCUUCUGGCGAGGGAGACGCAACAGCUCUCUACGCCUACAUUGCUGAAGAUUCCGAACUCGAUGGUAAGAAAGCAAAAAGAGACGGAGACGCAACGGCUCUCUAUGCGUAUAUUGUCGAGGAUAGUGAUGUAGAGGAUCAGAAAUAA